AUGAACCCGCUCAUCCUCACCUGCCUCCUUUGCUCCGUCGUCUGCAGACUUCAGGGAUCUGAGACCACACACUCCAGUGAAUUAAUCGGAGUGACUCAGGGUCCAGGUUCCGGAGAGGGCCUCCAGAAUUUGCAGGCUGAAAAUGGGAGUGGUGGUGAUCUUUCAGGAGGUGGCAAAACUACUGAGUCACCUCACAGUACAAAUGAGAGGACGAGGAAGAUGAGGGUCAACGGCAACGGCAGAGGCAAGAAGAAGAACAAGAACAAGCAAGGGAGCAAAGCCACAACUUCACAUAACCCCGGUCACGCGAGCCUCACCAGCAGCGUCAUGUCGGCCUUCAGCACCACAGAGGAUCCCUGCACCUCCACCCACCUGGGCUACUGUAUUCACGGUUACUGCAAACACAUCGAGGAACUGCGGGAGCCAGUGUGCAUAUGUAUGAAGGGCUAUGAUGGCGAUCGCUGUGGGAUCCAAACUCUGGGGACCUCUAGAACCAAGUCCGAAGGGAGCAGCAACACCGAGUUGGUUCAGACGGUCUUGGUGAUCAUCGCUGUGGUGCUGUCAGUCAUCAGCUGCAUCGCCAUCCUGCUCAUGACCUGUGCUCAUUACAGGUCACAUAAGACCUACCUGGCAUCCUUCCUGGGAACUGGGGCGGAGCAGGAGAAGUUACAGAAACCUCUCCCUGACGUGAUGGUGUGA